AUGUACAAGAACAUGAGCAAACUCGUGACCCCCAACGCUAACUUAGAGUUUGCAGAGUUUCACGUGUACAAGCUGAUCGCCAUCUUGUUUGUUAUCUCUGGCCAUCGGCAGAUGUACGCCAUCGGUCAGACUCCGUUGUAUAACGUCGACUGGUUAAAUUCGUACUUCAUCGACGUGGUGAUCCUGAACGGAGGUAUCGUAGUUGACACGUUUUUCGUCCUCAGCGGAUUUCUCACCUGCCAUUAUAUCCUGCAAGAGCUCGACAAAUACAAGCGGUUCAAUUUCCUAGUCGUUUUCCUCAACAGAUGGAUCAGGAUAGCUCCAGUGUACAUGGCCGUAGUGGGAUUCUACAGCUACGUGUUCCCUCACCUGGGGGACGGGCCUCUGUGGACAGAGCGACUGACGCAGGAGGUGGACCGGUGCAAGCACAACUGGUGGACAAACCUUCUGUUUAUCAACAAUUAUGUCAAUAGUGACAACCAGUGUAUGGUACAGUCGUGGUACCUAGCGUGUGAUAUGCAGUUCUUCAUGGUGGGCUCCGUGCUGGUGUACGUGUUGUGGAGGUGGCCACGCCUGGGUCAGACUCUGCUGUGGACCACCCUUGUAGCCUCCAUCGCUACCCCAGCCAUCAUAACUUACCAGAACAGAUACUACGGCACCGUCCUCCACUACAUGAGCCUAAUGAAAGACCCAAUGUCUGUACAACACUAUCGGGAUAUGUACAUCCCGGGUCACAACAGGAUCGGACCUUACCUUGUGGGCAUCAUCACUGCAUCCUUCUACUUGCAGCUGAAACUGCACAACUUCAAGUUCACUCCGGUGACCUUGGCAGUGGGGUCGGUGGUUGCUGGCACUCUGCUACUCGGCAGCUGCCUCACAGGCUGGAUCUGCUAUGACAGGGCCCGACCCUACAGUCUCUGGGAGAACACGCUGUAUGCGGGCAUUCACCGAUCCGUCUGGGCUCUGGGAAUGUCGUGGUUCAUCGUCGCAGAGGGCACCACUGGCUUCGGAACCUUCUACAAAGUGGUAAAGCAUAGGUUUUUCACACCGUUUGGGCGUCUGACGUAUUGCGUGUUCCUUGUGCACACGAUCCCGCAGAUAUAUCUCACGUCGUCAACCAGGGUGCCAGAAUAUCUCACUGUACCCAAACUGUUCUGGGUAGUGACGGGAGACGCUGCGUCUGCCUACAUCUUGGCUCUCUACCUGAACCUAUUCUUCGAGGCUCCUCUGGACAGGCUGCAGAAGAAAACUAUAAAGCGACUAUUAAAACCUGGAGGUGAGGCCAAACCACAAGCCACAGAGUUAUCCCAGAAUGGAGUAAAUGGAGGAGGAAGAACACAGUAGAAGCUUCCUGUCAGCCCGAGAUACUACACAAAUAACUCCAUGUUAUUGUUAUACACUAUGAGUGGUGCUAUACCCUUUCUUACCGUCGAGCUGUAUAUACGAGUGUUAUUUCUUCUACAAUAAUUUAUUUAACAACAAACCAACAUCAAGAGAGAUAUAAACAAUUAUUAAAUGUUAUUUUAAUGAUAGUUAUGCGAUUUUAAUUUGUGAUUACACACUAAUAUUGUCUUGCAAAUUCUAUUACAUUAUCGUUUUUAAAUUAAAUGAAAAAUGUAACGACACAUAGCUUAUUUCUGAGUUUUGUAUUAUAUUGUUUUCUUCUUGGUGCUUUUACUCGACAACUCUUCAAGCAUUCAAUAUAUAUUUCUUUAUUUAAUUAGAUGUGUUAUAAUAUAACGUGUUAUAAAACCGCUGUCGAGAAUUAAAAAAGUGUCCUUAAGAAUUGCAUUUAAAUGUUUAAAAAAGAUACAUGGAAAGUGAAGUAUUUACCAGGAAUAUGUCAAGUCUCAAAGAGGAAACAUGAUUAUGUGCAAUGCACCAGAAACUAAAAGAUAAACACCAAAUAAUUUAAGAAAACAAUGCAAUGAAUCUAGUAGUAUUUAUAAAUAUGCUCUAAUUAUUCUAAAUAUUUUGUCAGUAUUCCUUGUUAUUGAGAUCACUAAAUGUAAUAAAAUAAUAAAUAUACAAGCAAAUCACGUCUUUUUAAACGAAUAUGAAAUUUAUGAGAAAAAAGCGUAGACAUAUAGACAAACAGAAAAAUAAACUACCCUUAAAAAUAAA